AUGGAGUUAGAGGGGAGGGGUGCUGGCGGUGUGGCGGGGGGACCGGCGGCUGCGCCGGGGCGGAGCCCCGGGGAGUCGGCGCUGCUGGACGGGUGGUUGCAGCGGGGCGUGGGCCGGGGGGCCGGCGGCGGGGAGGCCGGGGCCUGCAGGCCCCCGGUGCGGCAGGAUCCGGACUCGGGCCCGGACUACGAGGCGCUGCCGGCGGGAGCCACUGUCACGACGCACAUGGUGGCGGGCGCCGUGGCAGGCAUUCUGGAGCACUGCGUGAUGUACCCUGUCGACUGCGUCAAGACCCGGAUGCAGAGCCUACAGCCUGACCCAGCAGCCCGCUAUCGCAACGUGUUGGAGGCCCUCUGGAGGAUUAUAAGAACCGAGGGCCUGUGGAGGCCCAUGCGGGGGCUGAAUGUCACGGCAACAGGCGCAGGGCCUGCCCACGCCCUCUAUUUUGCCUGCUACGAAAAAUUAAAAAAGACAUUGAGUGAUGUAAUCCAUCCUGGGGGCAAUAGCCAUAUUGCCAAUGGUGCGGCCGGGUGUGUAGCUACAUUACUUCAUGAUGCAGCCAUGAAUCCAGCUGAAGUGGUCAAGCAGAGGAUGCAGAUGUACAACUCACCUUACCACCGGGUGACAGACUGUGUACGGGCAGUGUGGCAAAAUGAAGGGGCCGGAGCCUUUUACCGCAGCUACACCACCCAGCUGACCAUGAACGUUCCCUUCCAAGCCAUCCACUUCAUGACCUAUGAAUUCCUGCAGGAGCACUUUAACCCCCAGAGACGAUACAACCCCAGCUCCCAUGUCGUAUCCGGAGCCUGUGCAGGAGCUGUAGCUGCCGCUGUCACAACCCCACUGGACGUUUGCAAAACACUGCUCAACACCCAGGAAUCCCUGGCUUUGAACUCAAACUUCACAGGACAUAUUACAGGCAUGGCUAGUGCCUUCAGGACGGUAUAUCAAGUAGGUGGGGUGACCGCCUACUUCCGAGGGGUGCAAGCUAGAGUGAUUUACCAGAUUCCCUCAACAGCCAUCGCAUGGUCUGUGUAUGAGUUCUUCAAAUACCUGAUCACUAAACGGCAAGAAGAGUGGAGGGCAGGCAAGUGA